UACUCAAUUGCUUUCUCAACAAUUAAACAUAACCUUAAAAUUCAAACAGUGUUUGGGCGUUCAGAAUUAACAACCUGGUGUGUGUGUGUACACAAUUUUGUUUAUUUUAUAAUAAUAAAUAUGAUGAUUAAAAUUAAUUAAAUGCCUAUGGAUUAAUGAUUAUUGCUAAAAUUUUAAAUAUCACUUAUGAAAUGUGAAAUAAACUAUUAAAAAAGUGUCCAGCUGGUUUAGCUGAAGUAAAAAUACGUUGUUGAUUUUUAUAAAAUAACUCUCAAUCACAUUAUCUUUUUUACAUAUUGUGUAAACAAAGUUGAGUUAAUUGAUGCAACUGUUAAAAAAAAAUAUAAUGAAUACACCAAAUUCAAAUAAGAAAAAACGUAAUAAAACUGGUGUUAAAAAUGAACCAUUUGGAUCAGCAAAUGCUGAAGUUCUCUUGAGUCCACAAGAAGCAACAAGAUUUGUUCUGAUGAAACCACUUGGUGAUGAACACAUAAAAUCAUUAAAAAUUGGUAUUAAUGAUGACCUUCCAGUAUUGUCUCUAUCAGAUAUUGACAAUGAUGAUAAAAAAAUCAACAGUAUUGCAAUGGAAAGAGAAAAAGAAGAAAAAUCAAUUUUAAGUUCUCUUCCAGUUGCUAUUGUCAAUGAAUUGGAUGGUUAUGAGGAACAAAUUGGUGAAGCUGAGUCUUUGCCAAACUCAUAUGUUAGAUUUAUGGAACGUAGUGGUGAAGAAUUGGAUGGUGAAGUUGAGUAUGAUCUUGAUGAAGAAGAUUCAGCAUGGUUAUCACUAGUUAAUGAUCGUCGUAAAUCAUCAAGUUUAGCACCAAUGGAAGCUGAUACAUUUGAACUAUUAAUGGAUCGUUUAGAAAAAGAAUCUUAUUUUCAACAACAAAAUAAUGGUGGUGGUGGUAUUGCAGCUGAUGAAGAUGCUGUUUGUUGUAUAUGUAUGGAUGGUGAAUGUCAAAAUAGUAAUGCAAUUCUAUUUUGUGAUAUGUGUAAUUUAGCUGUUCAUCAAGAUUGUUAUGGUGUACCUUAUAUACCCGAGGGACAAUGGUUAUGUAGACGAUGUUUACAAAGUCCAUCAAGAGCUGUUGAUUGUGUAUUAUGUCCAAAUAGAGGUGGUGCAUUUAAACAAACAGAUCGUUCAUCAACAUGGGCACAUGUUGUAUGUGCAUUAUGGAUACCUGAAGUUAGAUUUGCAAAUACUGUAUUUCUUGAACCAAUUGAUAGUAUUGAAAGUAUACCACCAGCAAGAUGGCGUUUAACAUGUUGUGUAUGUAAAAGAAGAAGUGCUGGUGCAUGUAUACAAUGUCAUAAAUCAAAUUGUUAUGCUGCAUUUCAUGUAACAUGUGCACAACAAAGUGGUUUAUGUAUGAGAAUGAGAACUGUACAACCAGCAAAUGGUGAACCAAUGUUAGUACAAAAAACAGCAUAUUGUGAAGCUCAUACACCACCAGAUUAUCAACCAUCAACAAAUCCAGCUGAUGCUAGAAGACGUGCUAUUGCUAAUAAAAAAAGUUCAUCAGCACCAGUAAUAUCAAUUCCAACAAUUCCACCAGAUAGAAUUAGAGAAAUAGCAAGUUUAGCUGAAAGUUUACCAAAAAAAAGUCAACUUAUUCAACGUUUAAUUGCAUAUUGGACAUUAAAACGUCAACAUAGAAAUGGUGUUCCAUUAUUACGAAGAUUACAAAGUACACAUCCACAUGCAAGACCACCAUCACUUGGACAAUUACCAUCACCAGAUGGUGAAUUACGUGGUGAAUUAUAUCGUCAACUUAAAUACUGGCAAUGUCUAAGACAAGAUUUAGAACGUGCACGUUUAUUAUGUGAACUUGUUAGAAAACGUGAAAAACUUAAAAAAGAAUUAUUUAAAGUUAAAGAAAAAUGUAUGUGGUUUGAAUUAAGUCCACUUGAAAGUGUACUUCAAACAAUAUUAAAAGCAAUGAAAGCUAAAGAUACAAAUGAUGUAUUUGGUGAACCUGUUGAUACAACUGAAGUACCAGAUUAUCUUGAUAUUGUAUCACAACCAAUGGAUUUAUCAACAAUCGAAGCUAAAAUUGAAAAACAAGAGUAUGAAAAUUUAUCUGAUUUUCAAUCAGAUUUUAACUUGAUGGUAAAUAAUUGUUUAGCAUAUAAUAGAAAAGAUACAAUGUUUUAUCGAGCUGGUUUAAAAAUGCGUGAACAAGGAGGAUUAUUAAUUGAACAAGCUCGAAAAGAAUAUCCAGAUCUUGAUGUUACAAUAACAACACCAACAAUAUCAUCACCAUCAUCAUCGUCAUUAUCAACAACAACAACUACAACAGCAACAACAACAACGACGACGACGACGACAACACCAUCAACUGAACCAAAAAAUACUACAAAUAAAUCGAAAAAACGUGAACGAGUUAAUCGUAAUAAUACUGAAAAUAAAAAUAUAAGUGAAUCAGAAACUCAAAUAAAUGAUAAAAUAAUAAUUGAAGAUAAAAAACCAACACCAGCUGUUAAUAAAAGAAAAAUAAAACCUCGUGCAGGCAGAGGACAACAAUCAAAUACAUUAAAACGAGAUAAAGAAACUAAAAAACAAGCUGAUAGUUUUCAAAUUUAUAGAAGUGGUAAUAUGGAUAGUGACAAUGCUGAGGGUGGUAGUCAAUCUUCAUCAACAUGUAGUAGUUGUUCAACAAGUAGAUCAACAUCACCAGAUAUUGAUGAUGAUGACGAUGAUGAUGAUGAUGAUGAUAAUGAUGAAGAUAAUAAUAAAGACGAUGACGACGAUGAUGAUGAAGAUGAAGAUGAAGAUGAUGACGAUAGUAGUAGUGACAAGAUGAUAGUUGAGGAAGAAGAAGAAGAAGAAGAAGAGGAGGAGGAUCAAUUAGAAGUACUACAACUUGUUUGGGCUAAAUGUCGAGGAUAUCCAUGGUAUCCAGCACUUAUUAUUGAUCCAAAUACUCCAAGAGGUACUAUACACAAAGGUGUACCAAUACCUGCACCUCCAGAUGAUGUUUUAGCACUUGGACGUAAUUACAAAGAUCCAGUAUAUUUAGUUUUAUUUUUUGAUACUAAAAGAACAUGGCAAUGGUUACCAGGUGAAAAAUUAGAAAAACUUGGUGUAUCAAUGGCAGUUGAUGAGGCAAAAUUAACUGAAUCAAGAAAACCAACUGAUAGAAAAGCAGUUAAAAAAGCAUAUCAAGAAGCAUUACAUUAUCGUAAACAAACACACAAUACAGCAUUAAAUGCCAUUUCAACAACGUAAAUAACAUAUUUUAUUUUUGUUGUAAAACUUAU